GCCAUUAUACACUGUUCCAACAUUUAUCUUACACCCACGUUCUUUACCAACCUGUGAUUCAAUUUCAAACCUCUUGAUUGUCAUCUACAGAAAUUCUUACAGAGAGACCAAGAGAGCAGGUUAUGUCGACAUCAAGACCAAUUCUUCCCUUCGAUGGCCUUCCUACUGGCCCUUCUCGCAGGUACCGAGCUUCAGCUCAUAAUCCUAAUCAUCUUCUGGUUAUCUGGAAAGGCAAGAUCGGCAGCUGUUUUCUGGGAAAUGGUUUGGAGUUUGUCAACACGGGCCUGACGGCGACAGAGCUAAUUGUCAGCAAAACAAAGAUAUACAGUGUACUUCCAGGAGCUCCGCUUCCUUCUGAUCCUUCUCCCGAUUCAUGGAAAGUUUGGAUAUUUGGAAUGAUGGUGACGGUAAUUCUACCAUUCUUGGGGAUUAAAUGGGGACCGUUACUGAAUCUGAAAAGCCGACUUGGAACGGCUGCGGAUAAAGUAGAAGCAGUAGCAGAGGCCGUAGAAAAGGUGGCUCAGCAAGUGGAUAAGGUAGUGGAAGAGGUCGCCGAUCACCUUCCAGGCGGGAAACUCAAAGAAGCUGCGGCGCUUAUUGAACAUCUAGCUGAGGAAACAGCCAAGGGUGCCCAUCUGGUAGAUAAAGCGAUCGAGCAGGUUGAAGAAGUAGAGAAGCAGGUUGAUGAGGUACAGAAGCAGGCUGUAGAAGUGCAGAAGCAGGUGGAUUCAUUGAUGGAACCACUCACUGAACAAGCCAAACCGAUGCCUAAAGAAGCAAAUAAGUAGACUAGAAAUAAUUAGCAAAUGGACUUUGACUUGUAAUUUUUUGGAUAUAUUGUAAAUGGGAAAUGUUGGAUGGGGGACACUCAUCCGUCUCCCAUCACCCAUAUAUAAUAAAAAAAUAAAUUUUUAUUAAAAAAGUUGGCUUUGAUGGGACAUCAAAGCUAACUUUUUAAUAAAAAAAAAUUUUAUAUUAAAAAAGGCUCACAGGGGACGGUGACCGUCCCCUGUGUAGCAAGCCUCAUUGUAAAUUAAUUAGAUUCUAUAUGUAUUUCUUCUCCUCUAUUUAUGGUUGCAAUUUCCUUUUCUUUUGAGGUUCAUGAAAUGGAAUUUCUCUUUAAAAGUUAAA